AUCUUUGUGUGUGUAUGUAUAUGUUGUAACAGAUGUGUGACUAUUGUAUUUUAGACAAGUGACUAUUUACGUGAGGGGAUAUGCAUAUGGAGGAUAAAGAUUCAAGGUGGUUCGAUGUCGAUUUUGUACCUGAUGAUUACAUAUUCUUGCAGGAAGAUAGACCACAAAAUCUUGAUGAUCCAGUUUGUGAUUCCAUUCCGGUUAUAGACCUCGCAAAACCAACGGCCGUACACAGUCAUAUCCAGCCAGUUGAAGCAAUCUUGAAGGCUUCUAAAGAAUUUGGUUUCUUUCAGGUGAUCAAUCAUGGAGUCCCAGAAAAGAUAACAACUGAUGCGAUGAAUGUUCUUAAGGAAUUCUUCAACUUGCCAUCCAAGGAAGCGAUAGAGUACGUCCCACAUACAAAGGGUUGGAUUCACACAAGCAGUGAUUACACAAAAGUUGGCGCCCAUUUAUGGAGGGAAAAUCUUAAGCAUCUUUGUUAUCCUUUGGAGGAAUGCGUUCAACUAUGGCCUAACAAACCAGCCAGAUAUCAGGAGGUGAUUGCAGCUUACAUACUAGAAAUACAAAAAUUGAGUUCGAGGAUUUUAGAGAUGAUAUGUGAAGGACUAGGACUCGAGCCAGGGUACUUUAAGGAUACGAGUGAAGUUCAGUUAUUGUCAUCAAACUUCUACCCACCUUGCCCAGACCCAAGUCUAACCUUGGGAAUAUUAGCACACCAAGAUCCUAGCCUCAUAACUCUUGUGUAUCAAGGCAAUUCGCCCGGUCUCCAGGCUCUGAAGGAUGGUCAUUGGAUAAACGUUGGUGCCGUUCCUAAUGCCUUUGUUGUUAACAUAGGCAACCAACUAGAGAUUAUCAGCAACGGGAAGUUUAGAAGUAUGGAUCAUCGAGUAGUGACUAGUCCACACGAAACUAGAAUAAGCAUCGCAACCCUUGUGAACCCGCCUCUUGAUUGUAUCGUUGAACCAGCAAAGGUUUUGGUGAACGAAUCAGAACCAUCACGCUACCAAGCUCGUCAAUAUAAAGAGUAUGUUCACCACAACAAGGCAUUUGGCGACCACACUGUCACGAUACAGAAUGCGAUGAUUUCGGAAAGUUAAGAGCAAUAGUUGUUAACAGGAUGCUACCAGAAACCUCUCAGUUUGCUGUUGGCAUUUGCUGAAAAAUCUAUCAGAAGUGUGCAUGAAUUGUUGUAUCUGAUGUUGUUCAUGUUGUACCUUCUGUGCAUUGGUCACUUGUAUUAUAAUAUGGUAUAAGAAAAGAGUUUGCUGUUUGUGA